GAUGACUUCAGCUAUGACCGGUUUGUGCUGUGCAGUUGAGCCAUGUCGUCGGUGAUCGACUUUGUCUCUGAGAGCCUGAAGAGGAACCCACUGCCGCGGAGCGCCCCGUUCCGGGAAGAGCUUCCCAGCGGUUGGAAACGCGUGGAGUCCCGCACCAAGCCGGGCACCUUUUACUACGCUCAUCCAGCAACGAAUCGCACACAGGUGCAGCCGCCCACAGGCACCAAGCAGCUGGACGCUGAGGCACCCGCGCAGGAGGCCAAGAUGGCGCAAGUGGAGCCGGACAAGGACACGGAGAGGAAGCGGAAGUUCAAGCAGGUGGAGGAGGAGGCCGAAGCGGAGCAGGAGAUGGUAGAAGAAGAGCUCAAGCGCAUCAAAGCCGCCAAGAAGGCCAAGGAGCUGGAGGCGAAGAAGCGCGCGGAGGAGCAGGCGCGCCGGGAGAAGGAGCGGAAGGAGCGGGAGGCGCAGCUCGAGAAGGAGCGGCUGCAGCGGGAGGCGGAGGAGCGCAAGCGGCAGCAAGAGCUGGAAGCGCUGGCCGAGGAGAAGCGCAGGAAGGAGGCGGAGGCCCGCCACAAGGAGCACGAAGCUCAAAGGCGGAAGGCCAUGGUCUUCGAGCAGCACUCCAUCCUGCAGCGCAAGCUGGCGGAGGAUGCGCGGAAGAAGCAGGCUGAGGAGGAGGAGGAGAAGCGCAAGAGGGCGGCGGAGGAGAAGGAGCAGCAGAAGACGCAGAAGACCCAGCCCAAGGAUCCCAAGGAUUCCAAGGAUCCGAAGGAUCAGAAGAAGACGGAAGAAGAUGAGGCAGCGCGGAAGGCGAGAGCAGAGAAGCUAGAUGCCAAGAUCUGGAAGCAGCGAAUUCCAGAUCCAAGCGAGCCCAUCACCACCGCCUGCUUCGAAGUCUACAAGAUGGGCAAGCACCAGCGAACCCAUCUCUUCAGCGGAGACAAAUCCAGCUGGAUCAUAGGUCGCGGGCCUGCUGGCGUGGACGUCGUCAUAAGCAACGCUCGUAUCUCACGGAAGCACGCCGAAGUGACCAGCCAGGGUCCGCUGAUGUUUCUGAAUGACAUGGGCUCGACCUAUGGCAGCGCCAUGAACGGGGAGAAGAUCGAGGCAAAAUCCCCGGUGGAGUUGACCAACGGUGCAAGGUUCCGCUUCGGCGGGCUGCCGGAGCUCUACGUCUACCGGGAGCCGGCGGAGGAGGAGGAGGAGCCCUCCUCCCCCCCGGUGGAGGCAGAGGUCUCGGGCAUGGCCAUGGCUGAGGACUUCGCAGACUUGCCGCCCCCUCAGUCGGAGCCCUUGCCGCCGCCCACGCCGGCCCCGGCGCCGGAGAUCGAUGCGGAGGCGGCGGCGGCGGCCUGCGCGGCGCAGCAGGCGCAGGCGGCGGAGGAGGACGAAGCGCGGGUUCGGCGCAUCCAGCAGAAGCGGCAGGAGCGGCGGGCUGCGGAGGCGGCUGAAAAGGUGCAGAUGGCCGCCAAAAAGGAGGAGGAGCGGAAGAAGAAGGAGGAGGAGCGGAAGAAGAAGCAGGAGCGAAAUCAGAAGAAGCGAGCCCUGAAAGAGGCGAAGGCCGCCCAGAAGGCGGCGCGCGCCAAGCCGGCCAAGGAGGGAGGCGCUGACGCGCCUGAUCCGGAGCUUGCGGCGGGCGAUGCCACGCCCCCGGAUGCCCCGCUGCCGGAUGCUGGCAGCGCCUCGCCGCCGGAGGAGGAGCCCACGGGCCUCGAGGAGAUGGAGGCCAAGGCUGCGGUGGACUUCUUCUAGGCGUAGAGGCGGUGCCGUGCCGCGGAAAA